AUGGCGGCGGGCUUUGCUAAGAUGUAUGCGGAGCUGCCGGUGUUGAUGAAGGAGGUUGACAAAUUUGAUGCGAUUGAUGCCAAGCUCUCGAAUUUGAUGCUUGAGGUGCCUGAUAAUCGUGGAUCUACUAGCUGUGUUGGUAAAAAGCUAAACUCUCCUGCUGUUGCUUCAAUUUCGAGUGUUAAGAUUGGUAAUCAGUCGAAGCUUAAGGCUCGAAUUGAAAUUGAUGAUGAUAAGAAAGAAUAUGUAGAUGAAAAAGUGUAUCAGAAGAAUUGGAAACCGAAACCUAAAAUUGAAUUGGCUGCUAUGUCACAAGAGCAUACUAUGUCAUUAGCUCCUAAACUCAAGCUGACUGUUUCUGCUGUUAAUAGAAUGUUGGGGGGAAAGGUACCGGCUCAGGGAGUUUCUAAGGAUGAUGAUAAUGUGGAUUUAGAAGAUGUAAAAUGGAUCAGUGAUGAAUUGGAAAAUUUGGGAAAAGCAGUUGAGUUAAGUGCAGUGGAUUGUUGGACUGACUGUUUGGCAUUGGAUAGUAAGGAGGAGGAUGAACCAAGGAAGUUGAUCAUUAUAAUUGGCUAUGUGAAUGGUGAAAUGGUCAGGAUUUUGGUUGAUACAGGAGCUGCAAGGAGUUCCAUCAAUGAGCAGUUGGCUUUGAGGUUGGGAUUGACUAGACAAGUGGUUAAACCAUACUUUGUAAAGGUAGCUGAUGGACAUAAAAUCAGAAACAAUGUCAUCUGCCCUGCUGCCAAAUAG